UUACCAAAGUUUGGAGGUUUUUUUUUUUUUUCUGAUCAAACAUAAUUAGUUUACCUCCACCAAAGGAGGUUACAGAAUGCAAGGCAAGAGCUGACUUAGCCACCUGAUUAAACGAGGUACAUGGGAGAAAGAUAUGCAUCAAAAUAGGAGCUAAAGUGAUAAAUUAGAGUUUGGAGGGUAUUUGAACAUUUGAUCCUAAUUUCAGGCUUGUUCAGAUUUUGACACACUCUCUUUGAGACUAGAGUUUGCUUCUUCGCCUUGCUUAGCUUUCGCCAUCAGUCUGAGGAAGAAAAUUCUCCGUCUUUGACAAAUCAAUACCCAUUUCUUCUCCACAGAAAUGGGGUCCACGGUCAGCACCCCCAGAAUCCAAUUUUGGGUUUAUCUCAAAACUGGUCAAAGGCCGAAUACGCGUAGAGGGAAGACCCUUUUCUCUAAUAAUUACUUCUUCUUCGUCAACGGUGGAAGUAAUUAGCCGAUUCGCAGUCCUCUCAUGGGUUUUGCUUUUGGUAAAAUGGAACAACAAGGGCCAUCGCUCCGUAGCUUGAUUUCCCUGAUUCUACUCUUCGUUUUGCUUCUCAGAGCCGCCGGAAACCCAGAAGGGGAUGCCUUAUAUGAGCUGAAAAAGAGUUUAGUUGAUGAUCCUAACAAUGUACUCCAAAGCUGGGAUGCUACUCUUGUCUCUCCAUGUACUUGGUUUCAUAUUACUUGCAAUAGCGAGAAUAGUGUUAUUCGUCUUGACUUAAUGCAAAUCUAUCUGGACAACUCGUGCCACAGCUUCGUCAUCUUCCAAGCUUGCAGUACUUGUACGUCAUCUUUAUUUUUACUUCCAAUUCAUGAACAGAUAAACACCUAGAACCGGUGGCAUUAUAAAAUUAUGAUACUGCUGCGAUAUGUUCACAAAAUAGAGGCUGCACUCUCAUGUAUCUAAGCUCUGAAAAUUAUUAUUUAAUGUUCCAAAUUACAGGGUAUCUUGUUUGGUACAUACUGCAUUAUGUUUUCUGUAAGAUGGAUAUUUGGUAAAGUAGUUUCAGAGGUUUCCAAUCUAAGGAUUCUUCUGUCGCCUAAAAUAUAAACUAAGCAAAGCUGAGUGACAGGGAGCUUUAUAGCAAUAACAUUACUGGGGGAAUACCUGAAGAGCUUGGAGACUUGGCGGAACUGGUGAGCUUGGAUCUUUACAUGAACAAAAUAAGCGGACCAAUCCCGUCGUCUCUUGGCAAACUAGAGAAACUCAAGUUCCUGCGUCUUAAUAACAACAAGUUAUCUGGAGAAAUUCCAAGGUCUUUGACUAAUGUGUCACUGCAAGUUCUGGAUAUCGCAAACAAUGGACUCAGUGGAGAUAUUCCUGUUAAUGGUUCCUUCACACUGUUCACUCCUAUUAGUUUUGCCAAUAAUAGUUUAAGGCCGCUUCCUGAUCCUCCAUCUACUUCUAACUCUCCUCCUCAACCACCACCAGGGAAGAAAACGACUACAUCAAUAGCAAUUGGAGCUGCUGCAGGUGCAGCAAUUCUUUGUGCUGGUCCAGCCAUAGCGCUUGCUUGGUGGCUGAGAAGUAAAGCACAGGACCGCUUUGUUGAUAUACCUGGUGAAGAAGACCCAGAGGUUCACUUAGGACAACUCAGAAGGUUUUCCUUGCGUGAACUGCUAGUUGCUACAGAUAACUUUAGCAACAAAAAUGUAUUGGGUAGAGGCGGUUUUGGUAAAGUGUAUAAAGGACGUUUGGCCAAUGGCAAGCUAGUGGCUGUGAAAAGGCUAAAAGAAGAACGUACCAUGGGUGGGGAACUUCAGUUCCAGACCGAAGUUGAGAUGAUUAGUUUGGCCGUUCAUAGGAACUUGCUUCGGCUUCAUGGAUUUUGCAUGACACCUACUGAAAGAUUGCUCGUUUAUCCCUACAUGUCUAAUGGAAGUGUUGCUUCUUGUUUGAGAGAAAGUCAUGAAGGCAAUCCAGCACUUGAUUGGCCAAAAAGAAAGCAUAUUGCUCUGGGAGCAGCAAGGGGUCUUGCUUAUUUACAUGAUCACUGCGACCAAAAAAUCAUUCACCGGGAUGUGAAAGCUGCGAACAUAUUGUUAGAUGAAAACUUUGAAGCUGUGGUUGGAGAUUUUGGGCUCGCAAAGCUCAUGAAUUAUAACGAGUCCCAUGUGACAACUGCCGUACGCGGUACAAUUGGCCAUAUAGCCCCUGAGUAUCUUUCCACUGGAAAAUCUUCUGAGAAAACUGAUGUUUUUGGGUAUGGUGUGAUGCUUCUCGAGCUCAUCACCGGACAAAAGGCUUUCGAUCUUGCUCGGCUUGCAAAUGAUGAUGAUAUCAUGUUACUCGACUGGGUGAAAGAGGUUCUGAAAGAGAAGAAGUUGGAAAGUCUUGUGGAUGCGGGGCUCGAAGGAAAGUACGUGGAUAAAGAAGUGGAGCAGCUGAUCCAAAUGGCUCUGCUCUGCACUCAAAGUUCUUCGUUGGAACGUCCCAAUAUGUCAGAAGUGGUGAGAAUGCUUGAAGGAGAUGGUUUAGCUGAGAAAUGGGAAGAAUGGGAAAAGGAGGAGAUGCUGACAAAUGAUUUUAACUAUCCUCAUGCUGACAUUAACUGGCUCAUUCCAGAAUCCCUCUCCCACAUCGAAAACGAUUACCCUUCAGGACCAAGAUAACUUCCUCUUUUAGAAAAGGCCAUGCGGGUUCUUUACUAAGUGUAGAUAAGAACAAUAUGUUUACAAUUCAAUGAAAAAAACACCGACUGUUUUGUUUCUUAGCCCAAAAAAAUCUCUAAUAGUAUUAUUUGAUAAAUCAAAUUUCUACGAAGUA